ACCCAGCACCCAUGAAUUCAGAUAAAAAUGUGUACCUCGGCAGAGACAAAGGCAUCAUGCGGAAGAGAGCAUUGCUCCUUCGGAAAGGUUGCAGCUUCGAGAUUACCAGCUCUGCCUCGGAGGACUUGGGCUGCAGGCGUGGAGACUUCAGCAGGAAACACUAUGGUUCGGUCGAGCUGCUGAUUUCAAGUGACGCAGAUGGGGCCAUUCAGAGGGCAGGACGCUUCAGGGUGGAGAAUGGGUCUUCAGAUGAGACUUCGGACUACACUCCAGGAACCUGGAGGAGAACUGAUGUCCAUCUGGAGAAUCCAGAGUACCACACCAGAUGGUUCUUUAAAUACUUCCUGGGAAAAGUCCACCAGAACUACGUGGGCACAGAUGCAGAGAAGAAUCCCUUCUACCUGUCAGUCGUCCUUUCAGACCAGAACAACCAGCGGGUCCCUCAGUAUAGAGCCAUCCUUUGGAGAAAGACGGGCACUCUGAAGAUCAGCCUCCCCUACAGCCCGACCAAAACACUAUCAGUCAAGUCCAUCCUAAGUGCAAUGAAUAUGGACAGGUUUGAGAAAGGCCCCAGGGAGAUCCUCAACCCGGAGAUUCAGAAGGACCUGCUGGUGUUGGAGGAACAAGAGGGUUCUGUCAAUUUUAAGUUUGGUGUCCUGUAUGCCAAAGACGGACAGCUCACAGACGACGAGAUGUUUAGCAAUGAGACGGGGAGCGAGAACUUCGAUAAGUUUCUCCACCUGCUGGGUGACGCCAUCACGCUGCAGGGGUGGGCAGGUUACCGCGGAGGGCUCGACACCAAGAAUGACACUACAGGAAUAAAGUCCAUCUACACAGUGUAUCAGGGCCAUGAGCUCAUGUUCCACGUGUCCACCAUGUUACCCUACUCUAAAGAGAACAAACAGCAGGUGGAGAGGAAGAGGCACAUUGGAAAUGACAUUGUUACCAUAGUAUUCCAGGAAGGCGAUGAUGCGUCGUCGUCCUUCAAACCUUCCAUGAUUCGAUCGCACUUCACCCAUAUUUUUGCAUUAGUUAGGUAUAAUAGCCAGAAUGACAGUUACAGGUUGAAGAUAUUCUCAGAGGAGAGCGUUCCACUAUUUGGACCCCCUCUCCCAUCUCCAUCUGUAUUUACUGAUCACCAAGAAUUCAGGGACUUUUUAUUAGUCAAAUUAAUCAAUGGAGAGAAAGCCACACUGGAGACGCCAACGUUUGCCCAGAAGCGUCAGCGGACCCUUGACAUGUUGAUCCGCUCGCUCUACCAAGACCUCAUGCCUGACCUGCACAAGAACAUGUUAAACCGGCGGUCCUUCAGCGACGUGUUGCCAGAGUCUCCAAAGUCAGCGCGUAAGAAAGAGGAGGCACGGCAAGCUGAAUUUGUCAGAAUAGGGCAGGCUUUGAAGCUGAAGACCAUCGUAAGAGGAGACGCCCCGACCAGCCUUGUUACCACAGGCCUGUGCCGAAAAGAACCAUGGGAGUCCCAGUUGUUCUGCAGCACAUUCCCCUAUGAGAUUGUGUGUGCUGACUCCUGGGGUCAGUCUAUGCUGGCUGCUACAGAGGCAGCGGGGGUCAUGCUGCUGGAUGAGACGCAAGCUUUGCCCCCAGUGCAGGUGUUCGACAAAACUAUGGUGGUGAAGCAGAUGCACGUUCUCGAGCCUCAGGACCUGCUUAUCACCAGGGCUGACAAAGGGAAGGACGCUCGCCUCUACGUGUUCAGACUGAGCACGCUCAAGAGAAGCCUGGAGGAGAGGCAGCUGGUCAGAGGCAAGUGCGACAGCCGGGAGAAUAAACUGGAGAAAACUAAAGGCUGUCAUUUGUACUCUAUCAACACCCACCAUGGCUCAGAGCUGAGGAUAGUAGCAGCCAUCAGGAACAAACUCCUCCUCAUCACCAGGAAACGUUUUGAAGGCUUCAGCGCCAUCGCCACAGGAGCAGACUCACCGGUGGAGGAGUUUCAGUAUAUACGGGAGAUCUGUCUGUGUGACCCGCCGGUGGUGAUGGCGCUGGUGGACGGGCCGACGGGUGAGAAUGAUAAUAUGAUCUGUGUGGCCUACAAACAUCAGUUUGACCUGAUCAAUGAGAGCACGGGAGAUGCCUACCGACUACACCACGUAGACGCCAACAGGGUAAAUUUUGUAGCAGCCAUUGAUGUGUAUGAAGAUGGGGAGGCAGGUCUGCUGUUGUGUUACAACUAUAUUUGUUACUAUAAGAAAGUUUGUCCGUUUAACGGCUCCACACCGAUGAUCCAGUCCAACACCUCCGAUUUCCACUUCAGCUGGAACCAGAUGCCCAAUGCUAUUGUUUGUGCGUUUCCUUACAUCCUGGCCUUCACAACGGACUCCAUUGAGAUCCGACUGGUGGUCAACGGCAACCUCGUGUACACAGCAGUGGUCCCAGAGCUACAGUUGUCUGCUUCACGGUCGGACAUCUAUUUUGUUUCGUCGGCUCCAAUGAGCUCAGCCUCCAACUGCAGCUCGAGAGAUACCAGCUCCCAGAGUUCCCCACAGACGCCCACCGGCUACGAGAUGCCUGUGUUCCCGUCGCCGCUCGGUGACGGUGAAUUGGCAUGUAAACACAUCUUCAAGAUCCCUCUGUGUAACUUGGUCGGCCGCAGCAUUGAAAGACCCCUCAAGUCCCCUCUGGUCAACAAGGUGUUGACGACUCCGGCCCCAGCCAUGGUGCCCCCAACUCCCCUUAUCUCGGCCACACACUCGCUUUCCCUUUCCCGCAUGGAGAUCAAAGAGAUAGCCAGCCGCACACGGAAGGAGCUGCUGGGCUUGACAGAGGAGCCAAGUGGGAAAUCAGACAGUGGGACAGUCAAACAGAGGAAGAUGAGCAAGAAGAACACUGAGGAAGAGCCCAAACUUGAUUCAUAUGUGUCUGUGCACAGCAGGUUAGCUUCAGAGUCCAUUGAAGCAGACCUGGAUGUUCAUUGUUCGUCAAGUUCAGAGGCCGAGCCAGAGAAGGUGGUGUUGCGAGCCGAGAGUCCACCUCUCGCCAGCGCAUUCGCCCUCUCCACAUCCUUCGAAGAGGAUGUCCUGGACCUAAAGUGA